ACUUACAUUCGCUUUCGCGUGUAAUUUAAAAAAACGCUUUAAAUUGUUGCAAAAAAUUUUGUUUUUAAAUUGAAAUGCGGGGCGAUUAGCUUUCUACAACGAGUUAAAUUAAAAAAAUUCUGACCACAUCAGCGUUAAAAUAGUUCUGUCGGAACCGGAAAGUAAAACCAGCUAUUUCAACGUUCCAUCCUUUCCAUAUUAAAACUGAUCAAAAAUGGUAGGUGAUAUUUACAAUCGACUUUAAUCUUGAAUAUUUCUCUAAGUUAUUGCUCAAGAUUCAUAUUUUAUUUGUUAAAAUUUAAAGAAUGGCAAGAUUUAUGUUAUUUAUUAUCAAAUUCAUUUUAUGCACUUUAGUUUUUAGAGGGAUCAAUCCACAUAAACAUUAGAAUGAAUUUUCGAUAACAAACAUGUAAUAAUCACUAAAUUGAAGUAGCUGAAUAUUAUUUUAAGCCUCCAAUACAAAUGACAGCAAAUAUUAUUUUUUGUUAUAUUAAAUAAACUUAUAUUAUUUUGAAAUGUUUUGGAACUUUCCUUGCCUUUUAAAUUGAUGUAAUUGAAGACAUUUUAUUCCCCCGUCAGUAAUUUUUAGUGAACUUAAUACAAGUGAUAGUGAUGGGCUUAAUGUAGAAACAUGACAUGUCACAACCUGGUAUUUAGCCUGGUUAAUCUAUCUAUGUUCUUUUGUUUCAUUGUGUUUAGGGAUAAUUUGUAUAAGUAAAUAGAUUACAUGACUACAUCAGUCUGGACUGUAGUCGAUAGUACAGAACACAUCCUCACUACUUAUGAGAAAGUUAUCCCUAACACAGCCUGUUUAGGCCUAGUUAUUGCUAUUAAAACCUAGGAUUAUAUUAUCCUGUAGCUUAUCUUGUUCCAUCCUAUUUUGCCAAUAGCCUAAGGGCCUAUGGCAUUUAAUACAAACACACACAAAAUUAUGAAAUUAUGAUUGACUGAUUGCAGUCUCUCCCCCUUGAUUGAAGCUUGAUUGGUCUUUAUUAUUAAAAAAAUAUAUUAAUUUAAUGGUCCUUCUGAGUCAGUGGCGUAGCGAGGGUGUUUGGCGCCCGGGGACAAGAUCCAUUUUUAGCGCCCCUUUUUCUUUUUUUCAACUCUCAAACCCAUUAUUUUCAUCAAUAAAAUAAUAUCAAAGCACAUUUUGGCGCCCGGGGACAUCUGUCCCCCCCCUGCCCCCACCACGCUACGCCUCUGUUCUGAGUAGGGCAAUUUAGAUUUUUUUAAAAUAUUCCUCUUGCCUUUUCUCUUGUCAGGUCAAAGUCAAGGCUAAGGAACUUCGUGGCAAAAAGAAGGAGGACCUUCUGAAACAGCUGGAUGAGCUGAAGAAUGUAAGUCAAUAGCGUAGGCAUAUAUGAUAGUCACAAAAUUAUUAAUACUAUUUGUAUAAGUGUAUACAUAUAGUCACAAUGUUACUAAGACUUGGGGUGAAUCAUGUCGUAAAUUUAUAUAUAUAACCCAUUUUACAAUGAACUGAUAAACUGACAUUUAUUUAUUGAAUCAUGUAUUUGCAGGAGCUUCAGACUCUUCGGGUUGCAAAAGUUACUGGGGGUGCAGCUGCUAAACUUGCAAAAAUGUAAGUAAUUUUGCCACAUUUUUAACCAUUUUUCUUUCUUAAUUUUGUUGCUUUGUUUUGUGUAUAAUUAGCUAUGUUUUUUUUAUCCCCUCCACCUGCAUACAAAGUGAAGUGAGCUGUUGAAUAAAAGUAGCUGCAAGGCUUAAUAUUACUCAUGCUUUAACUAUAAUAGUUGGUUCAUCAUUGAAAGGGUAUAAAAAAUUAUGAAACAUGGCAGCAAAAUUUUUGUUGCCAGUGAUGGGUAGGGCUGGAUGCACCCAAUGCAUAUUAUGUGAUGGGUAGAAUCCAACGCUUCCAUCCUCAAAUAUUAGGGAGGAAUCGUUGAAUGUAGCCAUAGUGGAACAAACAAUAAGCAAUGUUUAAAGCGUUAUAAUUAUAAACAAUUUAAUUACAAUUAUUUAUAGGGCUCAUCUCACCUCAUCACUUUUAUAGUCUAAGGAAUUUCUACAAAAAAUAUUGAAUAGUUUGGAAUGGAUUACAGAUUUUGGGUUCACUGUUGGCUUUGGGAAAUUAGAUUUAUUAUAAGCUAUUUAUGGACUAUGGGGAUUUCCAAAUAAGGAUUGCAAAAUGUGUGCUUAAAUUUAUGUACACCUAUGCUAAGUACAAGCCCCUCGCCAUAAACCCAGAAUUUCCUAAUUUAAUAUGGGUUAUAAUAUGGAUUGCGUCUAAUCUUUUUUUCUGAGCUUGUCUCUUUUUUUGUAUACUAUACCAAAGAAAUGCUUAUUUCAAUUUGCUAUCCAUUUGAAGGCAGUUUUUGCUUCUUUCUAAUUUCCAGUAUUCAGAUUUGGCAGAUAAUACAAGCAGACACUGCUCUCACAGGGGUCCCAUACCCAUAGCUAGUUGUAAUUUUAUGUAUACUUAACAGUGUGAAAUUAAUUUUUACAGUUUGUUUUCUUGACAAUUUAAUGACUGUUAUGAUUCCUAUCUUCAGCUACACAGUUAGAAAGUCUGUGGCCCGUGUUCUUACGGUCAUCAAUCAGACACAGAAAGAAAACUUGCGCAAGUUCUAUCGCAAGAAGGCUCACAAGCCCAAAGACCUAAGGCAGAAGAAAACCAGAGCCAUGCGUCGUGCCCUUACACCAUUUGAACUCUCCAUCAAGAGCAGAAAGGAGUUGAGGAAACAGCGUCUUUAUCCUAUCAGGAAAUAUGCUGUUAAACAAUAAAAUAUUCUAUACAUGAUAAUCUAAAGUGCUAGUUUUGUGUAUUUCUACUAUUCCUUGUGACAUAAUUCUGAAAGCUUCUCAUAAUUUCAUACGUUACUUAUACCCAGCACUUUUUAAAACUCAAAUAAAAUAUCGAUACUCCAUCUUAAAUAUUUAAACACUGGUAAAUGACUUGAAUUAACGGUAUAAACUUAGCAGUCGGCUAACUAUAAACUUGCAGCAAUGAGAUCUUGUGGAUGUUUGACAUACCCAAUUCUUUAAUGACAUGUCAGUCAUUGGUUCUUUGACACACAUAAUUUUAGGUUACGUAUUUGCUUUCUAGUUCUUGUCUUUUUUGGAGAUUAGAUAGACAGGCAAAUUGGGAUUAGACAUACUUUAAUUCAUGAAUUUUACCAGCUCUCUCUGGGUGGCCGAUUGGUCUAAACUGACUCAUUCCAAAUAGUGGUGGUCUGGAGUUCAAUCCCCGCCAAAAUCCCAAGCACCCCUGGUGGAUGGGACUCGUUAGCCUUACUUGGAAGGCAACUCAUCUAAGAGGCUAACUCUGAAUUCAUAAAUUGAUCAUGGGCUCUCACAUAUGAAAAAAACAAAAUUAAAGUAGGGCUACAGAUUUUAUUUUUAUGGUUAGUGCACUCUUCCUAAGGAUUUAAGUUUGGAAAUUGCUG